UGUGAUAAGGCCUGACUGACACACUGUAGUUUGCGUUUUGCUGUUCACACUUGCCAUCGCGCUUACCUGGGCGACAGUCAUGACAGGUGGAAGGGUAUGUCUAUGAUUUGUCGUCAAGAGAGACACAGAUGUUUGCAUGUAGACAUGCCGUCUAAACGAGGACGAGGACACGGUCAGAGUAGACAGGAUUCCCUAGGAGGAGAACAGGCUCCCUCAACCCCGCUGAAUACGCCGCAUGCAGGGUGCGGAGGACAGAACAGUUCACACUUAGAUUUACUAGACUCUGGUAGCCCUGAAAGUAUCGAGGUAGAUGUACCCGUUCAUUCUCGUGACAAUAGUGCUGAAACUAACGGUCCUUCUAAGGAGGGGGGUAGGAACGUCAGUUGCAGGGGGGAGAAGAUGGGCGUGACGUCGUUGAAGACGUCGCUGCAAUGUGUUGUGUGUGCCGAUAACGCAAGCGGACAGUACUUUGGUGCCACCGUAUGUUUGCCAUGCAAGAGCUUUUACAUACGCUGUACGAAAGAGGGGGAACCGGUUUUUUCUAGUAAAUGCCAUGGCAGCUGUGACGUCACGAAGCAAGCUCGGAUUCGGUGUCAGUCCUGUAGAUACCAAAAGUGCCUAAAAGCUGGAAUGACAAGAAGAGAAAAACCCGAGAGGAUCGAACCUGAAGAGGGUCAGUACUUGUGCCUUGUGUGCGGGGACCUUGCCAAUGGCAUCCACUUCGGUGUCUACACGUGCGAGGGCUGUAAGAAAUUCUUUCGCCGCGGUCUUGUGGAGAAUAGAACCUAUCAAUGCAAGGGGGACAACACAUGUGUCAUAAAUCCACGAAGCCGGAACACAUGCAGGGCAUGCCGGUACCGGAAGUGCCUUAGCGUUGGAAUGUCACGUGAUGCUAUUAAGAUGGGUAGACCUAAGAAAAAGGAUCUGGACUGCUGCAGAGUAGAAGGAACAAGUACUCCUAGUAGUUACCCGACAAUGAUAGACGAAACUGAGGAGAUCCUUGUUUUACAUUCAAAUGAAAGUGACUCUAGCAACGACAUUGAGAUGCUGGAGAUCAAAGCACGACCAAAUCCUCCGCCUUCAGCAGUUCCCUUGGACUACUCUUUGCCCACAACUGAAGACUCUGUUGUUGAUAAACCAAUGACCAGUUCCAAACCCACGUCCACUGGGAUCAGUGGUACAAAUGUCUUGAGGACGCCUUGGUCGAAGUACGCACUGCAACAGAUGAUCACAAGCUUGCCAAGGGACAGGCUGUCUCUUAAAUCGUUAAGCUCCCUCUAUAUUCCACCGUCAACAUCUUCAACUGUUACAAGUGCAUCUGAGUAUAAAACUUAUGAAGAUGAGGAGAAAAGGCUUGAUAAUGACGAUGUCUAUGGAAGACCGUUUACCACUGAGCAGGAAGAUGCGCAGGAAGACUAUAUUUUGGAGGAAGCAUCCGUUUUGCCAGUGGAAUCUGAGUGUACAUGUCCGGAUAGUCCAUCGACAGAUUCUACGAGUUAUGAAGCUCCAGUCACAGACCCGUCAGCACUUUACUCCAUGUCCAGUGAUGAAAUUGAUUCAAUGUUGAAACUUUUGGAGGACUUCGAGAGGCCAGCCUCACCGUCGCAUAGUUGUCGUCGCAAGAGUAGCAGCAGCAUGGAAGAUACUGGGGGUAAACGACGAAAGCCUGAUCUUGGUCACAGCGAGGAGGGAUACAGUGGAAAUUUUACAAGCACCAUCUGUGAAAGGUUUCUCAAAACCACAAGCAAUCCCCCGUCAUCUUGGCAGCAAGGGAAACAGUAUCAUUCAACGAGCAAUCAGCGUAUUUAUGAACUAAAUGUUGAGAGUAAUAAUGGUAGCAUGACAUCGGCAAUGAAAUCUUCUGUUGGUCUCGAGAUAAAGAAAUAUGGACAGUCUCUGCCGCAGGCUACAACUGGUGCAACAUACUCAGCAGCUCAACCUCCAACAGACGAAUGUUCCACAGGUAAUGCAGCGGUAGGCACUACUACAUAUGCAAGCAUCAACUCUAUUCUAAGAUCCCAGCAACAUUCCACAAGCACUUGCUCCCAUUCUCUGUACGGCCAAGAAUGUGGCUGUGGAUGUUGGCAAAAACGCAAGACUCGGAAUCAAACCACGUUAAGGGACAGUGAUACCUCAAAUCGAAGAAAGGUAACUAGGAAAGGAGACGUACAUUCUGCCCCCUUACCAAACAUUAUAAAGACUCGGGAUGUUUACGAACAAGGGGAGGAGAACCAAUCCUUAAAGGAAAUAAGCAAAGCGUUUGAGGUUCUGUAUGACAAAGCAUAUGACAACAAUGCACCAUCGGAGUGGCCUCGGAGGGCUAAAAGCUGUAACAUGUCAACAGAUUCCGACUCAGAGAGUGAUACCGAAUGUAGUUGUAAGUGUAUUCAAGUCACAGGACUAUGUUUAUGUCAAGGACCACCAGGACAACAGUCUGGUAACACUGUUUCCAGAGACAUAUUUAUGUCCGCCAUACCAUCCUCUCUCGCAGGUGUAUGGAACACACAGGUGUUUGAGUCUGCCUCCCCCUAUCUCUUCAUGAAAUACUUGAAGCAAAUCCCGGACAUCAUGGGCCCAACAGCCAUAACUGAUGUACAGCAAAAGAUAAUGCAAAACCUGCUGGAUUCCUAUUUGAACUACAUCAAUAAUGCAGAGAUGAAAGCCAGAGACCAAAUCCCUUCUUCGCCAGAGAUCAGUUUGUUACUUGGAGACUCAAGACAGCCAACAAACAUAUCGGACGACCGGCUGUCCUGUGCAUAGCUCUUGCAAUGUAACGAAUAGUUGACACUGGAGGGAUGUCAUCCAGAGCUGGUGUGUCUAUGACACUUCGGGACAUGCAUCGACAGAGACAACUGGGGACUCAGGAGGCAGUUGCUUGUAAUAUAAUUCCUGACAAUCCAAAGUGGUUGUACACAAGUUCAAUUGCUGGCAAUCCAGAGUGGUUGUUAACAAUUUCAAUUCCUGGCAAUCCGAAGUGAUUGUUCACAAGUUCAAUUCCUGGCCAUCCGAAGUGAUUGUUCACAAGUUCAGUGCCGACCAUCCGAAGUGAAUGUCCACAAGCUUAAUUCCUGGCCAUCCGAAGUGAUUGUCAACAGGGACAGUUAUCAUUCGUCCUGGACGACGGUUCACACAUUACACCCGUGACCAUCCCAAAUGAGUGUCCACAAGUUCGAUUCUUAUUCGUCCUGGGCGAUUACCUACAAAAUCAAGUCCUGAUCAUCUGAAGUGAUUGUCCACAAGUUAAGCUCCUGACAAUCCGAAAUUAUUGUCAGUUAAUUCCUUAUUUUUCUUGACAAAUGACCAACGAUUUUUCUAUGAAUAGAAAAUGAAUUCUAACCUAAGAUUGACACCUUACUCGUAAUUCAUGUUUUUCAUCAUACAAUUUUCCCGUACUUCAAUAUGCAUGAGAAGAAAAAGCAAUUGCCUGAAAUUGGUAGAAAUUUCAUCUGAGCCAUCCAAACAUGCAAGUACAUUCUGUAGUUACACGCCGCACUAGUUGAUAGUAUUUCAUUUAUAUUGUUUCAUAAGAACAUACUAUAUCGGACAGCGAAGGCAUGCUAUUCAACCAUCCCGUGAGAGUAACUGCAUGAUCUCCUGACGAUAUACUGUUUUUAAUCGAAUUUUUAAAAGCUGAAAUAACUUGUGAUAUACAGUUUUACGGACUUGUUCAAUAGUGGCUUAAUGAGAAGUUGUGAUAAUGACCGUAUGCGCCUCGUCGCGAACAACCGCCUUAUUGUGAAAGCAGUUCGUGGUAUAUCCAAAAGAUUGUAUAUCAGUGGUUGCAAUAGGUGUUGAAGUUGGAAAAUAUAUAUCAACAAAGAUAGCAUAUCUGUGUAUCUGUUUCGUGUAUGUAUGGCUCUAUUGGCAACCGUGAUAGAAAUGGAUUUUGAUAUAAGAUCCUGUAAGUUAUUGUUUGUUUCAAAUGAAUUAAAUGACUGACAUUAAA